AAAAAAAAAGUCUUGUUCUAGAAGAAUGUGAAUCAUCUUCUCCAAGUUUCAACGUUCGACUCUCUGUGAUCUGAUCGUCACCUUUUUUAUAUAUAUAUACACACGAGAUUCCAGUAACCCAAUUUAACAUAUACAUACAUGUAAAUGUGUGUAUAUGUAUAUAAAUUUUUUUAUUCUCUUUUUUAUAUCUUAAGCUUUCUUCAAAUGCCCACCACCUGUUCGAUUAAAUUCCUCAUCUAAACCAAAAAAAAAGCUUCAACUUUCUUCUUUCUCUCUCAAUUGGUCUCUCACUCUCUCUCUCACCCUCUUCUGAUUUGUUUAGUCUGACUCAUUUUGUUACACUCCUACAAAAACGGGUUGCCUUGUAUUGGAUCAACGUGUUGAUUUUGCCCUUCUUCGUUUCAAAAGAUUGGAUUUUUUUCGUCACCCAUUGAAGAAGUUUCCUUGAUCUGAUUUGAUUGUCUUCCUUCCUUCCGUUAUGACUAGUCCGAGAAGUAACAAGCCUAAGAUCGUCAACGGUCCUGGUGGUUAUAUUUUACAAGACGUUCCUCAUCUCAUCGAUUACCUUCCUGAUCUUCCUACUUAUACGAAUCCAUUGCAAGACAAUCCAGCUUACUCAGUGGUUAAGCAAUACUUUGUUGAUGCAGACGACAGUGUUCCUGAGAAGGUUGUUGUUCACAAGGAUGGUCCAAGAGGAAUACAUUUUAGACGCGCUGGUCCACGUCAGAAGGUUUACUUUGAGUCUGAUGAAGUGCACGCUUGCAUAGUUACAUGUGGAGGUCUCUGUCCUGGUCUCAAUACCGUCAUUAGAGAAAUCGUUAGCAGCUUAUCGUACAUGUAUGGAGUAAAGAAAAUUCUUGGAAUUGAUGGUGGAUACAGAGGAUUCUACGCCAAGAAUACUAUCCCCUUAAACUCUAAAGUUGUGAAUGAUAUCCAUAAGCGAGGAGGAACAAUCCUCGGGACUUCAAGAGGUGGACACGAUACCACAAAGAUAGUUGAUAGCAUUCAAGAUCGAGGAAUCAAUCAGGUUUAUAUUAUUGGAGGAGAUGGAACACAGCGAGGUGCUUCUGUAAUAUUUGAGGAAAUUAGAAGGCGUGGACUUAAAGUUGCUGUGGUUGGAAUUCCAAAAACGAUCGAUAACGAUAUUCCGGUAAUAGAUAAAUCUUUUGGGUUUGACACUGCUGUGGAGGAAGCUCAACGAGCGAUUAACGCAGCACAUGUUGAAGCCGAGAGUAAUGAGAAUGGUAUCGGUUUCGUCAAGCUUAUGGGUCGUUACAGCGGAUUCAUAGCGAUGUAUGCUACAUUAGCCAGCAGAGAUGUUGAUUGUUGCUUGAUUCCUGAGUCACCAUUUUACCUCGAAGGAGAAGGUGGACUCUUGGAGUUCAUAGAAAAACGGCUCAAGGAGCAUGGUCACAUGGUGAUUGUUCUUGCUGAAGGUGCAGGACAGGAUUUGAUGUCCAAAAGUAUGGAAUCUACUCUUAAGGAUGCUUCUGGGAACAAACUUCUUAAGGAUGUCGGUUUGUGGUUAGCACAAAGCAUCAAGGUAAGGCUACUUUCAUGAUCAUGAGAUUCUUAU